GAGCGUGUUAGUUACUGACAAGCAAUUUUAUUGUCAUUUCGUUUGCAUUUUGGCUGAAGUUGUUGCGUUUAUGUAGAAAUAUGUGUGUGUGAGUCGGUAUUCAUUCAUUAAUUUAGAUUUUACAUAAAUUGAACGACAGGUGCUCCGACCAAUGGUACAUUCUAUGUGGUAGGCUUUAGGCCAAUGAACAAUUGCGAAAUGUAGCGCGCAAGCUCUGAUUUCCGUCUUUCCACAGAAGUUGUAACUUGUUAUUUUCCGGAUUAUCGAAUAUCGAUGUCGUGUUGUUUUCAAACCCAGUUAUGCAAGGACAAAUUGCUUAUCAUCUGUUCACAAAAUAACCGCCAGAUGAAGCAAACGGGAGUCAUAUUUUAGAUUUAACAUUUAACUUUGCAAACCAGCUGUGUCGUGAGAGGCCUGAGCAUGUUGUUACUCGAUAGGGAAAUACUUGAAUGCAUAGAUGGCGCUUCAACUACAACUAGCUACAUUUGCAGUUGGUAGUUUAAUAUGAAGUAGCUGCUUAGUUAACAAAGCCUUCAUUUUAAUAACGUUAACGUAAUGCAAAUAGUUUGCUUUGCUUUGGAAACCCGAAGCAUUUUGGUAGCUAGCUAGCGUGAAUCAUUUUGGUAGCUAAACUUGCUAACUGGAUAGGUGCUGUAGCGUGCGAGCGUACUAAAACAAAUCGCUCCACAAAUACGGGCCAGCAGUUAGCUAGAUUGUUAGUUCGCUAGUGCUGUAAAUUAUACCUGAUUUGGGCAGACUUCAUAAUUCAACAGGAAAAUGACUUCAGCUUCUACUAAGGUUGGGGAGAUCUUCUCAGCAGCAGGUGCUGCCUUCACUAAACUUGGGGAGCUCACCAUGCAGCUGCACCCCGUGGCGGACUCCAGUCCAUCUGGAGCCAAGUGGACGGACACUGAGAUUGACAUGCUGCGGUUAGCCGUGAGGCGCUUUGGUGACGACCUAAGCACAAUCAGCUCUGUCAUCAAGAAGCGCACUGUUAGAGCUCAGAUCAAGACUACGGUAAAGAGGAAGCUGUAUGAGGACAGUGGAGUGCCCAUUUCCUCAGACUCCCCUAAGAAGUCCACCAAGAAGGCAUCUGUUGCGGUUUCAUCUGCGGCCCCCCCUGCUAUCAUCACAGUGCCCACCUCCCAGGUUGUCGUCACUACAGGGCUUCAGGGCCCCUCUUCUGCUCCACAAGCUAUCAAGAAACAGAAGACUGCAGCAGAUGUGACUUUGAGUGCACUCAAUGAUUCUGAUGUGAAUAGUGACUUGGUGGACAUAGAAGGAUUGGGUGAUGGCACCACCACCAAAAAACUCAACUUUGAUCAGGAGAGCCUCAGUUUGGACUCCAGUCUGAUCAUGAACUCCAGUGACCUGCCUCUCCUGUCCCGCUGACUACCGCACCGUGACCCUCAGGGAUGAUGCCCAUUAGGGAGGCUGACGGCCGCAUAACGGCUCAGAUGAACAGUGCACUUCUAGUUACAGGACCCACAUUUUUAGAGCAUUUUUCACAUUAAAAGCAGAAUGUGGAAGGUGUUUGUAACUGUAUGUAUUGGAGGUACAACCUAUAUUACAAAAAUUAAGCAAUCUGCAGUUGUGGCUGAAGAUUAAAGGUGACUUGUUUGGUGGACUGACGGAUAAUGACAGGACUGAAAUUUAGGCUGUAGCUGCACAAGUUAGCCAGUUAAUGGAGACUAUCCAAUCUCUAUUGUGCUUGCAAACAUUUUUCCCUUUGCAUUUGUGCAAUGUGUAUAUUAAGGUAAAUUAUAUCCUCUUGUCAUUAUCUUGUUUUUGACAAUGUUUGAAAUGGCGUUUAUGUAUGUAUGUGUGUGUAUGUAGGUUAGUGCUCACAUUGCAUAUUUCAAUCAUUCAUCAUUCAAUUGGCAACUGAUAAUACCGAUGGGUAGAAUUAAAAACUAGUUUUGUUCGUACAAAUAUGGAUGAUUGUGUGUAUGUUUUUAAAGUAAACAUCCCAAUGCACAACUGUCAGCACAAAAAAUGACUUUUGUUGUUAAUCAUUCUCAUUGUCAUUUUGAACUUGUUCUAAAACUAUUUAACACUGUACAUGUUUUAUAAAUCUUUCUUCCAGAGUAAUAAAGACUGCAAUGAGUU